GAGACAGUCUUUGAGUUAUGUCACCACCACCUAACACUACCAACGGAAGUAUUCCUAUCAUAAGACACGGAGAUGGAGUAUUAUCACCUGAAUUUCUACAAAAGGCAAGAGAAGCAUUCUUAGCAGAACCCAAAUGGAGGUUAGCAAAGAAUGCAGUAUCACGGUUUGAUCCUCUGGAAGUACUAUUGGAGAAGGAAGUAAAGGACUUGAAUACUCACGCUUACACUCACCGCGUAUCAGACCACGAGUGUAAAGCUACAGCUCAAAAGGCUUCUGGAAGAUGUUGGUUAUUUGCUUUCUUAAAUGUCAUGCGUCUUCCCAUGACCACCAAGUACAAGUUACCCGAUGACUUUCAAUUGUCACAGUCCUACUUGUUUUUCUGGGAUAAGAUAGAAAGGUCCAAUUACUUUUUGGAAAGUAUUUUGGAGACUGCGGAUGAACCAGUGGAUGGCCGUUUGGUGUCUUGGUUACUAACUGCACCUGUCCAAGACGGAGGUCAAUGGGAUAUGAUAUGCAAUUUGGUUAAUAAGUAUGGAGUAGUUCCUGGUAGUGUUUAUCAGGAGAGUUUUAAUAGCUCCAACUCGAGAAGAAUGAACUUGAUCUUGACUUCCAAACUAAGAGAAUUUGCAAUGAUACUCCGUCGUCAAUCUAAACAAGGUUAUACAAAGGAACAGUUGAGAAAGACAAAGGAAGAUAUGUUGGAACAAGUUUAUCGCAUUGUUUCUAUUUGUUUAGGAGUUGUUCCCACUGUAUUCGAUUGGGAGUUUGAAGACAAGGAUAAGAAGUAUCAUUGUUAUAAGAAUCUUACACCACAAGCAUUCUAUCGUGAAUAUGUUGGUUACUGUGUGGAUGAUAAGAUUUGUUUGGUUCAUGAUCCACGUCCACAACAUCCUUACGGAAAGUUGUAUACUGUUGAUUAUUUAGGCAAUAUGGUUUCAGGUUUACGAGUUCGUUAUAAUAAUCAACCUAUCGAAACAUUAAAGUCAUGUGCUUUGGAGUCUAUUAAGAAUGGAGAGGCUGUUUGGUUUGGUUGUGAUGUUGGCAAGUUUCUGCAGCGACAGUUGGGUUAUAUGGAUUUGCGUAUUUUUGAUUAUGAUCUAGUCUUUGGAACGAGUCUUUUAGGCCAAAACAAAGCAGAGCGUUUGGAAUAUGGAGAGUCUCAAAUGACUCAUGCGAUGGUAUUGACUGCUGUUAGUUGUGAAGGAGAGAAUGGUACGAAGACUACGAAAUGGAGAGUAGAGAAUUCAUGGGGUGAUGAACUUGGCGAAAAGGGCUACUUUAUGAUGACCGAUGAGUGGUUUGAUGAGUUUGUAUAUGAAGUAGUCGUGGAUAAAAGAUAUGUGACUGAAGAUGUUUUGAGAGUUAUGGAACAGGAACCUAUUCAUCUUUCUCCUUGGGAUCCUUUUGGUGCUUUGGCUUGUUCUUAACCAUAACAAUUGCAUCAUCAGCAUCAUAAGAAGAACAACAAAAAUAAAGAAUGACAAGUGAUU